ACCGAUCCAAAUCUCGGUUGAGCUUUCCCAUCGGUCAGCGGCCCGAGGAUUUGCGGCAGGCAUCCUAUGGUGCCCUUGGCUAAUGGAGGUGAAGGGGAUCGUUCUAGCCCUCCGUCUUUCGGGGCCGCUGAACUCCGUUGCGUGCCAUUCUAUCAGCCUCGCAAAGCAUAGUUGCUUCCCAUUUGUGGCGAACAGCCUGGCGUGGCACAUGACAGGUAAUCCCGGACGGAGGGCAUAUGCCAGACUCUGUAUUACCGGCUGUUCGUGUCAUAAGAGUACGGUGGUGCCGUCCUCGUUUCAUCGUUUUACUUCACGCACUUACCGUGGAAUUACGGCUCUUGGUGACUAAGGCCAUGAAUGUAGUAUGAUCUGGCCCUGUAACGAAAAGUGUUUAAGUGCCCUGACCAGUCCAACCUAGAAAUUUCGUGCAAUCCCAU